CAUUGGUUUUGAUCCUUCUCAAUGUGGUUGUGGUUUUCCACGCAGGCAAAACAAAUUCUUUCAUCAGGAAGGUCGAUAGGGCUAAGGACAUGCCCCUUCAAAGUGAUGUAUUUGUUGCCCCUUCUAUUCUUGGAAUGGAUGUGAUUUGUCAAGCUAAAUCUGGGAUGGGAAAGACUGUUGCUUUUAUUCUUUCUACACUUUAUCAAGUUGAUCAUGUUCCUGGUCAAGUUGCAGCUUUUGUUCUUUGCCACACAAGAGAACUGGCUUAUCAAAUUUGCAAUGAAUUUGAGAGAUUCAGCACAUAUCUUCUUGAUAUAAAGGUUGUUGUUUUCUAUGGUGGUAGCAAUAUCAAGGUUCACAAAGAAUUGCUCAAGAAUGAAUGUCCUCAUAUUGUUGUUGGAACACCUAAGAGGAUUCUUGCUCUGGCUAGAGAUAAGGACCUUGGUUUAAAGAACAUGAGACAUUUCAUACUUGAUGAGUGUGACAAGAUGCUUGAAUCACUUAAUAUGAGAAGAGACGUCCAAGAGAUUUUCAAAUUGACUCCUCAUAAUAAACAAGUGAUGAUGUUUUCAGCUACACUUAGUAAAGAAAUGAGUUUUAUCUGCAAAAUAUUUAUGAAAAAAAUUUAUGCAAGAUCAAUGGAAGUUUAUAUUGAUGAUGUAGCAAAGUUGACCCUUCGUGGACUUUUGCAGCUCCUAAAGCAAGGAGGAGUGAAAAUGCUUUAG